UAGUAUAAAAAUAUGAUGGUCACUAGCAUCAUCAUAAAUUGUAACCCCACAUUUAUCCAAAAUAUUAAAUUAAUGAGCAAUGCGUUAUUAAAAAUUAUAAUUCUAUUCACGAAACAAGUUUGUGUUCACUCGCGGCAUUAAUUUCAAGAGUCGCGAUGCCGCGCAUCAAGGCAUCCCCCAAAAAAUGCAUCAAAACGAACUUACAACAACCCACAAAUUCUUGGGUUUUUCUGUUGAAAGGCGAGGCUCUGGAAUUGUCAGAACAAUAUACGGGAAGCGGGACUCCUGAUAUUGUAACCCUACGUCACCCCAACACAGGAGAGUCAGCAGUAUUUUUGUUCUCCCCAGCCAACAACUCAGUACAAGAAAUUUUAACUUUUAAUGAGGGCAAAAGGUCUUGGUUUAUAGAUGAAUCUAUAAAGAGUGAUGGCAAAAUGCAGUUGUCCACCCCUAUAGAUCCUAUAUUCUUAGUUCUGCCAUAUUUAAGGAAAUACUGCCUGACUCAGGCAGUUCCUCUAGAUCAACUAUUGAGAGAUGAAGAAUAUCCAGAGACUGAAAGACUACUGAAGUCCAGUGGUCUUAAUUAUUUAGGAAUGAUUGCCGAUAGAAAGGGAGACGAGGAAUUAAACGCUUUUAAAUACAAUGAAGAAAAAACGCUAAACUGGCUCAAAAAAAAGACUGAAAGAGUGGCGGAGAUCCUCAAACAGAAAAACAUUCAUGUAACUGGUGGUGGGGCAAUCUCAGCAAACUUUGUCAAAUCAAAAAGCGAUUCUGCAGACAAUGAAUCCUAUUUGCGUUAUGCGCAUGGUAUCGUGUCUGAAUACUUGAUGGAGGACUUGAGCCAAAAGCUACUGCGGUUUCUAAAUUUGCCAGAAGAAUCGCAGCAACACUUAAAGAGGAAGAGUGCAAGCGCCCUUGGACCUGACCCGAAAAAGGUCAAGACUGAUGAGGAGACCAAAAGCAGUUCGUCAAAUGUUCUAGAUCUAAGCAAACCAGAAAUUAAGACUGGUAAGACGCAAAUGAUUUCUACGAAAGAUAAGGCCCGAGCCAAAGCGGCAAGCGGUAGUAAAUCGAUCAGUUCAUUUUUUAAGAAGAGUUAA